AUGUUCGCUCUCGUCGUACCCGCUCCUAAGAUCAAGAUCAUCGACGAGAAAUCGGCCAUCACAUUCGAUCGACCGUCGAUGAAAUACUAUCCGGGCGAAAAAGUGUCCGGAACGGUUCGACUUUUGAACGAGGAGCCAAUCUCGGCGCGAUUCCUCAAAAUCUCGUGGAAAGGAUGCUCGAAAACCAAUUUCGGCGGCAUCGGAAACGGACGUCAACGACACUUCUACAACGCGAACGUGGUUUGGACGUCUCCCGACGGAAAGGUAUCAACUUUUGGCUUGUUUAUUGUAAAUCUAUCAUCAAAUCGCAUCGCUCGUUCAGAACAAACUUCCACGCGGUCCACACACUUUCCAAUUCGAGUUCAUCCUGCCGAAAGAGUGUCCGCCGAGUUUCCGGGGCUCGUACGGACGCAUCAAUUAUACGGUCGAGGUGGAGAUGAACCGUCCGUGGAUGGCCGACGUCGGCGCGGCGAAGACGUUCGUCGUGAUGGGCACGAACGAUUUGAGGCUGACGGCGCCGGAGAUGUUGAAGACGGCCAGGUUUGCGAGCCAUCGCACCGCUGGCCUCAUUUUUCAAGGACGGAUCGUUUUGCAUGAAGGUUUGUGGUUUUUGUUGGAACUAUUUGAUUUCUGAGGAGCCUAUAUUAAGACUACGAGGCCUGUCGUUAAACGUAACCAUCUCAUCAUUCCAGGUCUCGUUGCCACAACGCGCCUUCCUUUCCGGCGACACCAUCACCGCAUCGAUCGAACUCGCGAACCACUCGUCGAAGGCGAUCACCCGCCUCGAAGCGAACCUCCUCCAACAAGCCCACUACCAUCACCGACCCCUCACGACUCCGUGCUCGAUCUCAAACUCGCGCAACUGUUCACUGGACGUUUCGAACAGCGCCGACUCGGAGCGAUCGGUUCUGAAGGCGUCGUGCAAAGUGAACGUGGCUCCGUUCUCGACAAAAGUGAUCAAAGUGGAGGUGAAUUUGCCGGACGACCUGCUCGCCACUUUCCAGUCGCCACUCAUCUCCGUCGGCUACCUCAUGUGCUUUAGCGCGAAGAGCGAGUCUUGGAGCGGCAACAAGUUGCAGUGCAAUGCUCGGAUCGCCAUCGGAACGCUCGUGUCUUUGGACGAGAAGCUGAAGCGGCUGACGUUGAGGCCGCCGACGACGUCGACUCCGAGGGUUCCGGAUCGAUUCGAGGCCAGAUAUCUGUGGGACACGACAAUGCCGCCACCACCAUACCAUUAG